CCAGAGAGUUUUGUUCCCUCUUUGUUUCUCACUUAGCUUCUCGGUUAGGGCAUUUUAAAGCAAGGAUUUAUUUCUCCGAGCCGCUUGAAUUUUCGGGAGCGUUUAUAUCAUGCCCCCUAGACGCAAACAAGUUCCACGUCAUGCUCAUCCCAACCCUCAGCAACAGCCGCAACAGUCACAACAGCACCCACAAGCGCAACAGAUGCAAGUCAGCCCACCAGAACCUGCUGUCCAAGCUGCCAUAGAUGCGCAAUUUCGACCUGUGAAUCUGAAGCUCGGCGCUGAUGAUGGCAAGGCAAUUGCUCUGUGCGCCUCUCAUGGAAGGGAGGUCUGUGGGGACUGCGGGCUAGACUUCACCAUGUUAAACCAGACUUCCCGAGUACUUCAGUCUCUUCCUUCCGAAAUGCCCGUUCCACCACCUCCGCAUGUUGUCCAUCCCCAAAGGAGUCCGUUGGUUCAAAAGGCGAAGGAAGAAGGAAAUCAACUAUUCAAACGUAACAAGCAUGAACAAGCUAUAUCCAAGUACGGCUUUGCCGCGAACCUGGCCGCGUCCCGAUUCCCAUGGGAAACAUCAAAUCUUACUCGUGAGGAGCUCUCAAUUGUCGUGUGCAAUCGUUCUGCCGCGUAUCUUGCCGCUGGAGAUCCUGUUGGGGCAUUGAUUGACGCCGAUGUUGUCGUCCAGCUGAAGAGACCUUGGAGUAAAGGGCACUUUCGAAAAGCAAAAGCAUUAUUGGCACUGGGAAAGCUUGAAGAUGCCAGGGAGAGUGCUUUCUUAGGUUUGCAGUUUGAACCCGACAGUUCGGAAUUGUCCUCAUUUGUCGAAGAAAUCGAUGCAUUGAUCGAGAAAAAUAAAUCUGCUGGUUAAUAUUACUAUUUAUACAUCUGCGCCACACAAUACAUAUAUACAUCUAAUCGAACGAAAUGCAUCGGAUACUCAAGACUUGGCAUCGCCUAGCACUGAAUUGAUGAGCCGGUCAGCUUCAGCUUUGCAUUCUUCUGGUUCUUUAAAGAGUCGGAAGACAACGUGUUCCGGUAAUCCCGAGACGGCUCGUGCAAUCCUUGCAUCCAGUUCUGUGCGUUUCUUCUGUAGCGUCGCAUUGGGGCGAUUCACUUGAUUCUGCGUGUAGAACGACCCAGCGUGGGAUACCCAUGAGGAGACUGAC